GCUGAUAGAAGUCUAACAGACAUCAUGAUGGAAGUUCAAAGAAGGAUCGAACAAAAUGGAGCAAGGCCCAUACAGACUCCAGAACGUACAUCCACUAUGUCCAGAAGCUAUUAUAUCACAAGAAACACACCAUUAAAUGUGAUCUGUGAGUUGGAGAAGAAGCUUCUUAAUGCAUUUCAUGAAUGGAUAAAAGCUCGUGAGCAAACCAUAAGAAUAUACAGAGAGGUAGCAGAAAAAUUGCAAAGGGCUCAUCAUGACGUCAACAUAUCUCGAAUCACUGGCUCUUCUGUAUCUGUUGUUGGUGGUGUGAUGUCUAUCAUUGGUUUUGUGUUAACACCAUUUACUGCUGGUGCAGCUCUUCCGAUUGCCAUAACUGGAAUAACCUUAAGUAGCUUAGGAGGAGCUACUGCAGGAGGAGCAUCAGUUGCUGACAUUGUUAUUGAGAAAAAGAAGAUAGAAGAAGCUCAGAGAAUAUAUAAUAAAGAUCAGAGCUCAUUUGAAAAUUUGCUCGAGAUAAUCAAAGAAUUCGAAAGCAAUGUGGGAAAAGUCGAUCAAAGAUGCCCCGACGUAGAAAAUAAUGCAGAAGAGUUUGCUUCUAUAACGACACAAUUGUUCACAAGCACUUUACGUACAGGGAAUCUUAGUCUAAGGAUAGCAGAACUAGCUAUGGGUGGCUCUAUGGAGUUUGGUGCUUUAGCAUUUAGGGUUGGAGGCGCUGCAGCUAGAGGGGUUGCUGGAGCUGCAAUAGCACUGAAUGUAAUAUCAGUUCCGAUUGACAUAGCUGAAAUCAUACAGAGCAGCACCAGUUUAACAAAUGGAUCCAAGACAAGAGUAGUUACUAAGCUACUGGACUACGCUAACAAGUUAGAGGAACAAAAGGAGAGUGUAAAGAAAGACAUUGGAAUAGAAUGCAUGUAGUUGCAAACUUUCAUUC